AUGGCCGCCCUGCGCGCCCCGACCCCGGCGCCCUCCGCCAGCCCGCGGCCCCGGCGCGGCUCGGGGCCCGAGGUCUUCACGUUCGACCCGCUCCCGGAGCCGCCGGCGGCCCCCGCCCCGCGCCCCCGCGCCGCCCGCGCGCACAGGAAGCGCAGCCGCAGGGUCCUCUACCCGCCGGCGGUCCGGCGCCCGCCGCCCGCCGAGGACCCCGGCCCCGCCCGGAGGCUGCUGCUCCUGCUGCUCGCCGUGGUCUUCUGCCAGAUCCUGGCGGCCGAAGACGGGGCGCCGGCGCCCCAGGCCGCGGAGGGCGCCCCCGGCGCCGCGCCCCCCGCGCCCGCGCCCGCGGCCCUCGAGCCCCGCAACCGGACGGCGGAGCCCCCGGACUACGCUCUGGACCUCAGCGCUUGGCUCCAGCGCCCCCCGGCCUCCCUCUGA